UCCACCUCGCCCUUCCGCCGCAGCACGGUGUCGCCUGAACUCGCCCCCAAGGAGAACCUCCCAAUGACCUCACCCUCUCUCUGCUCUUCGCCAUUCUCUUUCUCCUCCUCUUCCCCUCUCCUCUCUCUCCCAUGCUCUCUUUUCUCCCCUUCUCUUCUCUCCCUCCGCCGAGCCGUCGCACCCCACUCCGCCCUGAACAUUGGCUCCAAGCUUAGCUAUAUGUCGCCCAAAAAAGACCGCGCUUUGGCCGCAGACUACUCCUCCCGCAGCGUCUCGAAGGUGGCUCCGCUCAGGUGCAAAGACUCUUUCGGGCGUCGCGACAUUAGCUCGGAGGAAGGAUCCCGUGAAGAAAGUCCGACCGGAUUGCAGGAAAAGGAGACACCUUUGGGGAAAUCGACCUAUGGUGAUCGCACAAUGCUGUCAUCCUUUGGCCCUCCUCUUGAUUCCUUCGGGAAUUAUGAUGCAGGGGUGUCAGAAACCAAGUUCCAGAUGACUCUCGCCGAGCUCCUCGAGAAGACCGGAGUCACCCCCACGUCGAUUUACGGGGACCUGGACGCCUUGAUCACUGGAGUUCAGGACGACUCUAGGGAGGUCUGCCAGGGGGAUCUCUUCUUCUCCCGUGUCGGGUCGAAGACGGAUGGCCACUUGUAUCUUACCGAGGCUUGUAACCGAGGAGCUGUAGCAGUGGUGAUUGACAGAGAGACUGAUAAAGAUCAAAUCUUGGGCUACGGCUGCAAGGCUGCUGUCGUAGUGAACUCCACCAAUUCCGUGCUUCCUGUUCUUGCUGCAACAUUCUUUGGGCAUCCGUCGAGGAGUCUCUUCGUAGUCGGUGUCACGGGAACGAACGGUAAGACGACGACAACCAAUUUAGUCAGGUCUAUAUUCGAGGAAAUGGGGUACAGAACCGGGCUGUUCAGCACCGUCUGCUUCAUAGUUAACGGAGAUGAGAAGUUGGAAGCUUACAGAACAACACCUGAGUCCGUGGUAGCCCAGAGAUUGAUGGCGAAGAUGGUUCGUUCAGGCACCAAGGCACUCGUGAUGGAGGCUGCUUCUCAGGGGCUGGAGGAAGGGAGGUGCGAUGGGCUAGACUUCAACGUAGCAGUCUUCGCGAACCUCACCAGGGACCAUCUCGACUUCCAUGAGACCAUGGAGGCGUACAAGAAGAGCAAAGGCAAGCUCUUUGCGAAGAUGGUCGACCCCAACAGGCACAGGAAGGUUGUGAACAUCGAUGACCCAAAUGCUCCAUACUUCAUCGAUCAAGGGAAUGCAGACGUUCCACUCGUUACAUUUGGAAUGCAGAACAAGAACUCCGACGUCUACCCUCUAAAGUCCGAGCUUUCAUUGUUCAAGACAAAGGUUUGGGUGAGCACGCCAAAGGGGGCACUGGAGAUCAACUCAGGGAUGCUUGGCAGGUAUAACAUCUACAACAUCCUCGCAGCCGUUGCUGUUGGGAUUGCCGUCGGCCUGAAGCUGGAGGACAUCGUGAGUGGAAUCGAGGCGGUGAAAGGGGUUGCCGGCAGGUUUGAGUUAAUUGACGAGGGGCAGCCUUUCGCCGUGAUUGUAGACUAUGCACACACACCCGAUGCUCUGUGUAGACUUCUGGAUGCUGUCCGAGAACUCGAACCACGAAGAGUUAUCACUGUCUUUGGAUGUGGCGGAGAAAGAGAUCGGGGGAAGAGGCCGCUGAUGACAAAAAUUGCAGCUGAUAAAAGUGAUGUGGUUAUUCUGACAUCAGACAAUCCAAGGAAUGAAGAUCCAUCGACAAUCUUGGAUGACAUGCUAGCUGGUGUUGGAUACACAAUGCAAGAGUCCUCACCACACGGCGGAAACAAAAUCUAUCCAAAGCUUCCAAAUGGUUGUACACUCUUAGUAAAUGAGGACAGAAGAGUAGCUCUGCAAGCUGCCAUUGCCAUGGGAAAGGAAGGAGAUAUCAUUGUUGUUGCUGGCAAAGGCCAUGAGACAUAUCAAAUUGAAGGUGAUACAAAGAAGCUAUUCGAUGACAGAGUUGAAUGCCGAGAAUUAUUCGAGCUGAAGCAAGCAGGGAGAGAGACCGAUGAACUUUCAUGGGGUAAGCAUAAGAUAAAGUUGGCUCGGAUGACCCAGAAAGAUUUCGAGGCCUCCUCGUGCAUCACUGCAGCCUCCUCGCGCAUCGCUGCCACCUCCUCUACAGUGCAUUGCUGCAGCUUCCUGGUGCAUCACCUCCCGGAUUCUGUCACACGCUGCCUCUCGGAGCACCGCAGCUGGUCCGAACUCGCCGACCGCUCGGCCACCUCCUGCCCUUGCAAGAACCUCGCCUACUUUCGCGUCCGCUAUGCUGCCGUGGUGGCCUCUGUCCUCGCAACUGCUCCUCGGCUAGUGACCUCUCAUCCUUAUUCCCACAUCUCACUCGAGCGAGAAGUGCCGCUGCCGCCAUCCUUGCCGCACAGCCAUCGCUGCCUUCCUGCAGCAGCAGGAACGAUUGCAGUUCUUGUAGCAGCAGCCGUUUCCAUCUACCGCUGCAUCUUGCUUCCUCUGCCGCAGCAGCUUUCACUGCAUCUGCUGCUGCUGCUUCCUGCAUUGAGGCUGACGGAGCUUUAG